AUGACUUCGCUGUUUACAGCACGGCGGAAACCCAAGCGCAUUGCGCGGGACGAGGCAGAUCAUGAGCCAGAUGACGGCGAGGAAGACACCGGCCCCGUGGUCAGACGACCAACGCACAAUGCACCGCGCACAAAAUCCAAACUACGAGUCUCGUUCAACCCGAGUGAGGAAGACGGGUCAGGAACAACGGAAGAGGGUGCAAUUGCUGGGACGGUACCAGCUCCGCCAAACAAGUCGACAACGAGACUGGGUCUAUCCAGCGCCGCACAGGACAUCAUCACCCGACGAGUGCACGAGGACGGAGAUAGCGAGAGUGGAGGCCAGAACCACGACAGACCGAAAUACAACAAGGCCUACCUCGAUGAACUGCGCAACUCGACGCCCUCGACGCCGCGCGACCUGUCAUCUCGGGACAGCCCGUCGCUGGACUUGGUCGAGAAGCCGUCAUCGACCAACCUCGAACUCGAUCUCGAAAGUAAAUUCGGCAAGACAGCUCUACCCUCCGCGAGAUCUCCCCACAUCCCCAGCGCCGCCGAAAUCAGGGAGAAGAAGGAACGGCGAGCGCGCCUAGCGAAAGAGCAAGCUGCAGAAAAGUCGGCCGAAGAUUUCAUACCGCUCGAGGACUACGACUCGGACGGCGAGUUCAAACCUCGCCGCAUGCAAGUCUCAUCUUACCUGGCGCCACCACGAGAAAAAGAAACGCGCCUUGUCCGCGAAGAUGAGGACAUCGCCGAGGGGUUCGACGACUUCGUCGAGGACAGCGGGCGCGUCACACUGUCCAAAAGGGGACUUCGAGAACAGAGCCGCAAGGAGAAGGAAGCGAUCCGCCACCUCAUCGAUGAAGCCGAAGGCGCUGCGAGCCCCGACAGCAACUCGGUCGACGGCGACGGCGACGGCGGCUCGGCUUCUGAUUCCGACUACGAACGGCGGCAAGAGUACGAGAUGGCCCAGACGCACCACGGCAUGGACGGGCUCUCCUCGCACGCCGCCCACAAGCGACAUCUGAACCGGCCGCGCCAACCACGCGAGACGACACCCAUCCCCAAACUCAGCAUCGGAUUGACCCGCCUGCGCGACAUGGUCUCGGCACUAGAAUACGAGCGAGCCAAGAUCGCGAAACGCAGGGCCGACAUCGAAAGAGAAAAGGCCGAGAUCAAGCAAUCCCAAACGCAUAUUCAGCGCAGCCUCGAGGAGGCGGGGCAGGAGCUCGAGAGAGUCCGCAGGGAACACGCAGAGAAAAUCAACGGGGCAAAAGCGCCCGGAACACCAACGCCCAUGGAGACGGAUGGCCAUCUUUCAGUACCCUCGAGUUCAGCCCACGCUGCUGGGGUUGAAAGAGGAUUGGAGUCGUUCGGGGACCACCGUCCUUGA